GGCCGUGCGGCGCAUGCGCAGUCGGUGCUUUCUCUUUCCCUCACAGUUCUGCAGCAGUCACUCUGACAGCAAGCCGGCAAGAGGAGAAGACAUGGCGGCGUACAAGAUCGUCCUCAUCCGCCACGGAGAGAGCACCUGGAACCAGGAGAACAGGUUCUGCGGCUGGUUUGACGCUGAUCUCAGCGAGACAGGGGAGGAGGAAGCCAAACGAGGGGGAGAAGCUCUGAGAGAUGCCGGCUAUCAGUUUGAUAUCUGCUACACGUCUGUGCUGAAGAGAGCUAUUCGUACCUUAUGGCUGGCCCUAGACAGCACUGAUCAGAUGUGGGUGAAGGUUGUGCGGACCUGGAGGCUGAACGAGAGGCACUAUGGUGGACUGACAGGCCUCAACAAAGCAGAGACAGCUGCCAAACACGGAGAAGAGCAGGUGAAGAUUUGGAGACGGUCCUUUGACACUCCUCCACCAUCCAUGGAUGCAGACCAUGAUUAUUACUCAGUCAUAAGCAAGGAUCGUCGCUAUGCUGACCUGACCGAAGACCAACUUCCCAGCUGUGAGAGCCUGAAGGACACCAUUGCCAGAGCCCUGCCUUUUUGGAAUGAUGAAAUCGUUCCAAGAAUCAAGGAGGGGAAGAGGGUGCUGAUUGCAGCGCAUGGAAACAGCCUUAGGGGAAUCGUCAAACACCUGGAAGGUAUGUCCGAGGAAGCCAUUAUGGAACUGAACCUGCCCACUGGUAUCCCUAUCGUAUACGAGCUGGACAAAAACCUCAAGCCCAUCAAACCCAUGCAGUUCCUGGGAGACGAAGAAACCGUGCGCAAAGCCAUGGAGGCCGUGGCCGCCCAGGGGAAAGCCAAGAAGUAAUCUUCCUUCGCCCGAAGACCAGCAGCAUCCAUCCCUUAGUUUACUGUUCACCCAGACACUUGACAGCUAGGGAUGUACGUGACACUGUGCUUCCCUAGUAGCUCAUUCACCUGUCUCUUCAUCCCUCUCUCCGCUGGAGUCCAUCAGUCUAUUCUACCCCUGUCUGUGUUAGGAUUAGAUAUCGUGUAUAGUUUGCUGGAAUGGCUGCACACCGUGCAUUGGUUUCUCGUCCAGUGUGACUAUGUAACACAUCACGACACCACGUGGCCAGUAUGUGAUCUGCAAGGUCUGUGGCCAGAUAGUUUUUCCUUUUUAUAGUCUUUGUUUACGGUUCAGGGCACUUUUUUGUUAUUUUGUUGGGUUUUUUUUAACAGAACACUCACAUGUAGUUUUUAUUAAUUCAUUUCAAGUUACUGUAUUAUUUUCCACUUACAAUGCACUUCAGAUAUUCCUGUACGGACCUGUCCUGGCUGCUGUAUAAUGCACAGAUUGCAUUAAACGCCGCAGGAGCAGAUUGCAGAGCUGUGCUCAGUACAGCUGUAUGCAGUCAUUUUGGAAUAUUUACAUCAAUUCAGCAUCCCGUGACUCUACAACUAUACGUCCUGGCUUGGCUGCCAUCGGUGCAUGCUGGGACUUAUAGUUCCACAAAAUGGAUAGUCAGAAGGUGCCUAUAGCCCCAGGUUGCCUAUGCAUUUUGUGAUCUAUACUGUAGAAAGGGGGUGGUCUUCAGUAUGCCGGCGGUCGGGUUCCCGGCGACCAGCAUACCGGCGCCGGGAGCCUGACAGCCGGCAUACCGACACUUAUUCUCCCUCGUGGGGGUCCGUGCCCGUAGCGUGGCGAGCGCAGCGAGCCCGCAAGGGGCUCAUUUGCGCUCGCCACACUGUCGGUAAGCCGGCGGUCGGGCUCCCGGCGCUGGUAUGCUGGUCGCCGGGAGCCCGACCGCCGGCAUAUCGUAGUGAACCCGUAGAAAGGCCGUGGGUAUUUAAUGUUCUGUGCUAUGUGACGGUUACUAUAAGCGAUACAAGUUGGGUCGGUUAUCAAUUAAACAGAGGAUAGCUUAGGCAAGCUGCCCCAUACUAAUAGCGGGAGGGGUAGCUAGUACCGGGAUGUACCUUAGAGCUAGCAGGACCGUACAGCACAGAGCUGUGGAUACGGAUGAGCGCACUGUCUCUCUCUGCUGCCUGUCUCCGUUGUUAUGUGCAGAUCAAUGCCCUUUGCCUAUAAAGUGUGCCCAGUUCUUGGCACUCAUGUACGGUGGUUACUUUUUCCAUUGUAGAGUUGUCUAUUAUUUAAAAUCAUUACAAUAAAGGAGUAAUGUGCAAUGAUA